UUCUAUCCCGUAUUAUCGACAUUGCACACCAAUCGUCACGGCAAACACCGAUCGCAGGAAGAUGAUUGAUCUUGGUGAUAUUGACGCUUGUGGUUCUGGUCUUUCUUCUGGGACUGUCAGCAGUAACAACCAGUUCAAAGUUGUCAAUGCUACUGAGAUAGCUGUUGAUAUCACAGGACCAAGUCGUGCAGAUAUCUUUAUUGAUGCUCUUCCCCCUUCAAGUGAUGAGACAGGCUUUCAUAUUGAAUACAAAGUGACUGCACCGGGUGAGUAUCUCAUAUCUAUCAAUGACAAGGGUGUGCCAAUACCCGGAAGUCCAUUCAAGACUAUUAUACAUGACAGCAGUGCAGGAGGGAAGAAGCGCAGUGGAGAUCAUACAAGAGUGAAAGUUGUUGGGCCUGGCAUGGUGACUGGUAUUGUUGGCAAGCCAUCUCGAUUCUACGUUGAUUGUCAACAUGCAGGAGGUGGAGGCAAACUCAACAUGCGAUUGGUUGGUCCUGCAAAAGCCCAGCUACGUGAAGUAGAACCUGGGUAUGGAUUUGAGUAUAUCUCAGCUGCUCCAGGAAAGCAUCUCCUGUACAUCACAUUCAAUGAUCAACCUAUUCCAAACAGUCCAUUUGCUGUAAACAUCAAAGAAGAUGCUGAUCGUCGUGAACCGUAUGGAUAUCCUUCAAAGGUGGCUUUAGAUGGAGACGCUCUGUAUGGUGGAUCAAUUAGCAAACCUGUAUGGUUUGACGUGCUGAUGUCCGAAGCUGGGGCUGGAGAAUUAAAAGUGAAUGUGACUGGGCCAGAUCGAGGGGCUAUUCGUGAUGGCACAGUAAGCAUAACCAAUGACCCUCGCAAUUGUUCUGCUCGUGUCACAUUUGAACCUCUGAGGAGUGGCAGCUACAAAGUGGAAGUGAAGUUUGCAAAUGAGAAUGUUCCUAGGAGUCCUUUUGUAGUAUUUGUCAAUUAAUGUUACACUGCUGACUCAAAGAGGUACUGAACAGCUAUGGAAGAUUAAGUAAGGUUUUAAUCCAUGUGGCUGCUAUCCGGUUCUACAUUUAAAUAACUGCACGCACUGCAGAACUUUUUACGAAUUUGGACAUAAUGUGAUGUGAUGAGAUUGGUUGUUGAAGUUUUCUGCAGAUUUCGUGCUUUUCUGGAUUAAAUGUUCUGUAUUUGCAAUAGUACUAACGUUAACUGAAAUGCAGGUUUAUCUUUA